AUGAAAAACGCGCUUUUCUUUCUCCUGGCGGGUCUCCCGUUCAUCAACGCCCAAUAUGGAAACUCGAACGAUAAUAGUAUGACCACGACUGUCUCUUCGACUACAUCCUCAACUGCAGUUUCAGCGUCGAGCACUGUCCAUAAAAUCGAUGUUGGUGAAGAUGGCUUUACAUUUAGCCCGAACACUCUAACCGUCUCCCCUGGAGAGAAGGUCGAGUUUCAUUUCUACCCGCAGAAUCAUUCAGUGAUCCAGGCUUCUUUCGACAACCCUUGCCAUCCAAUCAAUGACUCUAGCUUCUCCAGUGGAUUUGUCCCAACUACAAAGGAAUCGACCUCCGUGUUUACCAUAACCAUCAAUGACACAAGUCCCCUUUGGUACUACUGUGGCCAAAUUGGCCAUUGCCAGGCCGGAAUGGUUGGGGUUAUUAAUCCACCGUAA